CCUUCACGCGAUACAUAUUUUCUGUCAGUCACUUUCUUUAGGCGAACUUGUCCGUUUCAUCGACAAUUUAUUAUGAAACAUGGGUUUCUUGAAACAGUUAGACGUAGAAAAUUUCAAGUCCUGGCGAGGGAAGCAAACCAUCGGUCCAUUUAAAAGAUUUAAUUGUAUAAUUGGUACUAAUGGAUCAGGUAAAUCUAAUGUGAUGGAUGCUCUUGGAUUUGUGAUGGGAGAGAGGGCGGUUAAUCUCCGUGUAAAACACACCAGAGAUCUCAUCCAUGGUGCCCACAUCGGCAGGCCUGUGUCCAGUUCUGCCAGCGUGAGCAUGAUCUACUGUGGAGACAAUAACGAAGAGAUGAUCUUCAGUAGAAACAUCUCAGGGGAAUCCUCUGAGUACCGCAUAAAUGGUAAUCAGGUGACUUUGGCUAAAUACACUGGAGAACUGGAGAAAAUUGGCAUUGUGGUGAAAGCGAAGAACUGCCUGGUGUAUCAGGGUGCUGUGGAGUCUAUUGCCAUGAUGAAUGCCAAAGACCGCACAAAGAUGUUUGAGCGAAUCAGUAACUCCCAAGAGCUGAACAACGAGUAUGACACAAAGCUGGUGGCCCUACAGAAUGCCAAAGAGGACACCCAGUUUCAAUUUAACAGGAAGAAAGCAGCUUCAGCAGAGAAGAAACAGGUCUUCAAGGACAAGACUGAGGCAGAAAAAUACCAAGCAAUGGUGGAUGAAGUCAGAGAACAUAAACUCAAGCUGAUGCUCUUUCAGCUCUUUCACAAUGAGAAAAACAUCACGGCGCAGUCAGCGUCAUUGAGAGACAAACAGGUGGCCACAUCUCAGCAGAAGAAGAACCUGGACAUCUCGGAGCAAACCGUGAAGGCUCAGAAGAAAGAACAUGGUCGCCUGUCCCGAGAUCUUCAGCUGCUGGAAAAAGAGAUCAGAUCCCAGGAGCAAAUUCUCAAUCAGCAGAGACCUCAGUACAUAAAAUCCAAAGUGAACACCUCUCACCAUGAGCACAAAGUGGACGAGGCGCGCAGAACGCUUCAGAAGAACCAGAAGCUACAGGCCAAGAAAGAACAGGAGCUGGAGGAGCUAAGGAGCGAGUUGGCUGAGCUGGAGAGGGCCUGGAGGUCCUGUGUGAGACAGAUGGAAGAGGAGGAGGCUCAAAGGGGAGCGGGAGUUCAGCUAGACGAUGCCCAAAUGGAGCGGUAUAAGGAACUUAAAGAGAUGGCCAGGAAAAAGGGAGCCGUUUUAAAUCAGAAUGCAGAGAAGCUGCACUGGGAGGUGAAGGCUGACGGCGAUAAACUUCAGUUUGACCUCAGAAAGAAAACUGAGAUACAGGUCAAUAUUAAACACUCUCAAGCUCAGCUAGAUGAUUUUAACAGAAGGGCAGAGAGGCUGGAGGAAUACGCCAACACUUCUAAAAAAGCUUUGGAGGAGCAGCGUCAGCAGGAGGAGCAGCUGGCAGGGGAGAUGGAGAGAGGCCAAGUGCGCAUGAAGGAGGUGAACGCAAAGCUCGGGCAGGUGCUUAUUGAACUGCAGAACGCUCGUCUGGACACCCAGGAGAGUCGACGACAGCAGAAACGCAAUGAAGUCCUGGAAAGCCUCAGGAGACUCUAUCCUGAUACAGUGUAUGGCCGUCUGGUUGACCUGUGUCAGCCCAUUCACAAGAAAUACCAGCUCGCCGUCACCAAGGUGUUUGGAAAGAACAUGAACGCUAUUGUUGUAACAUCUGCCAAAGUAGCACACGAUUGCAUCAGAUUUCUGAAAGAGGAGCGAGCCGAACCAGAGACUUUCCUUCCUAUUGACUAUAUAGAGGUACGCCCUCUGAAUGAGCGUUUGAGAGAAGUGCCCGGAGCUAAGAUGGUGGUGGAUGUGGUUCAAUGUGCUCAGAACGCCCCUCAGCUGAAAAGGGUGGUGCAGUAUGUGUGCGGGAAUUCCCUGGUCUGCGAUACUUUGAAGGAUGCUCGUCGCAUUGCUUUCGAUGGCCCUGAGCGCCUUCAGACGGUGGCUCUCGAUGGCACCUUGUUCCGUAAGUCUGGAGUGAUCUCAGGGGGUGCCAUGGACCUGAGCACUAAAGCUCGGCGGUGGGAGGAGAAAGAUAUGAACAAACUAAGGGAGCAGAAGGAACACCUGUCGACUGAACUUCGUGCUCUGAUGAAACUGAAGCGUAAGGAGGCAGAGUUGAAUCAGAUCAGGGCUCAGUCUCAGGGGAUCCAGACUCGCCUGAAAUACUCAAACUCAGAACUAGACUCCAUACGCAAGAAGAGCAUCCCAGCGUGUCAGGCGGAGAUUUCUAAACUGGGAAGUGAGCUGUCUAACCUCGAGACUCAGAUUGAGAUACAGACAAAGACUGUUGAACAAAAGGACAAUGAGAUGAAGGUCGUCAGAAACAAAAUCUAUCAGAUGGAAGAUGUGGUGUUUGCGAACUUCUGUGCUGAGAUCGGUGUGGCUAACAUUCGUGAGUACGAGCAGGAUUAUCUCAGACUUCAACAGGAGCUUGAAAAGAAGCGCCUGCAGUUUGAGUCGCAGCGUACUUGUCUUAAUACCCAGCUGGACUAUGAGCAGGCCCAGCUGGAGAAGCAAAUUACACAGAUGAAAAAGCUGAAAGAGACCAUCCACAAAGAGGAGAACAUCAUUAGCAGUCUGAAAGAGGAGGAGGACAGGCUUAUGUCAGCUGUGGAGAAGACACAAGUUCAACUUGUAGAAUUAAACAACCAGCUGGCAGGAAAGACAAGUUUAGUUAAUGAUGCAAAAGCUCAACUCGAAAAGAAAAACAAAAGCCUCCAGGAGAAAUCCAGGGUACUUGUGAAACUCCAAAAGGAAGCGAUCUGUACCGAGGCGGCCCUAGAACAGCUGAGACUGGGCAAACACAACCUGCUUUUGGCCUGCAAGAUAGAGGGCUUACCAUUGACACUGCUGUCGGGAUCACUGGAUGACAUCAGUGACAUAGAGCUGGACUCGGAGUCUGAGAGCAUCAGGACGCAGGACAUUUAUGAACGAGAGGCACAGAUAGUGUUCGACUAUUCAGCACUGGACACAAGCCUUAAGGCCCUCACUGAAGAAAGUGAAGUUGAGGCUGAGUUAGAGAAACUCAGAGACGAAGUCUCUUCUCUGGAGCAUAAGAUCAUGGUAUCCAGAGCUCCCAACUUGAAAGCUCUAGAAAAGAUGAGAGAGGUUAAGGACAGCUUUUAUGAAGUCAUGGAUGCAUUUAAGACCAGCACACACAACACUAAGAGAUGCAAUCAGGAGUUUGAGCAAGUGAAGGCCAAACGCUUUAAUUUGUUCAGCCAGUGUUUUGAACACGUGUCUGUCAUCAUCGACCAGAUCUACAAAAAACUCUGCAGGAACUCCAGUGCACAGGCCAUUCUUAGUGCUGAAAAUCCAAACGAGCCCUACCUGGGCGGCAUCAAUUAUAACUGUGUGGCACCUGGUAAACGAUUCAUGGCCAUGGACAACCUAUCUGGAGGAGAGAAGUCCAUUGCUGCACUCGCGUUGGUCUUUGCCAUUCACAGUUUCCGUCCUGCUCCGUUUUUCGUGCUGGACGAGGUUGAUGCCGCCCUGGACAACACAAACAUUGGCAAGGUGACAGGAUUUUUUCGGGAGAUGUCUAGAGAGAGUUGCCAGAUCAUCGUCAUUUCCCUGAAAGAAGAGUUUUACUCGCGAGCAGAUGCUCUCAUUGGGGUUUAUUCUAUGUUUGAUGAAUGCAUGUUCAGCAGACUUCUUACCCUGGAUCUCACUCCUUAUGCACUAAACGAUGAGAACGGCACACAUGAAGAGAAGCAAGAGAAAUAAUGGAACGAAAAAAAUCAAUUUUGAUGUUAUUUAAAAAAAUUAAAUGUUAAAUAAAAAUUAUAUUAAAAAUGUUCAGAAGAUUACCUUUAUUAAAACGGUUUAAUUUAGGCACAUUAAGAGUGGCAAACUAUUUAACUAUCAGUUACAACAAGGGAUUUGUUGUUAAAAACUAAAUUCUGUUAUCGUGUUGGCAUUUCAUUGUUUUUAAAGGUUGUUGUGUGACAUCUUACCUUUGAUAAUGUUAUAUGUUCAAGCAGUUUUAUCUGUAAAGUGUUGCCUUUUGUUGAAGGUAAAAAGAAAUUUUAAUAAAUUCUUGUUGUUUGUA